CACCAAUAUUGCUAGACAUUGUGAUGCCUCUUAACGAAUCACGUUCGCGAUUCUUCGUCAUCGAAGUCGAAUUUAGAGUGAAUAAAGAUGAAUAUUUUCUACCAAUUUUUUGUUACAUUUCCGUUCUAGCUAUUGUGAGUAUAAACAUCACGGUAAGCGUUGAUACAAUGCAUAUCGCAUGUACCGCGCAUGCAUGCAGCUUAUUUGCGGCUGUCAGUAAGCAAAUGGAAAAUAUAAUGUUAAAAGUAAACGACAAUAACAAUGAUAUUGGGGAAAAUAAGUCUAGUAUAAAUAAGAAAUUUGAUUUGUGUGUAUCAAGCGAAAAAAUGAUAUACUGGAAAUACGUAACAUGUUUAAAAAAACAUCAGCUUGCUAUAAAAUUUGUUGAUGUAUUAAAUUCAUCGCAUCAAGGAUAUGCAGUGAUUCAAUUAAUAAUACUUAUUCUAAUCGUGAAUCUAAUUGGACUUCGA